AUGCGGAAAAUCCUUCUGAAAAACCCCAAAUAUUCGUCGAGUGUUCAUCAAAAUGCCAUCAAAAGAUCCAUAUCUUCAUCUUCUACACUCAUUUCCACUUCCACCAAGCAGAAUCAUCGCUUACUCACUGAAAUCAAAUCCAUUCUUCAAUCAGACAACUGGGAAUCCACUCUACCUGUUUCACACGUGCCCGGAAAACUAAACCCACACGUCAUCCAACUUCUACUUCGAGAAAACCAGGCGAGCAUUCAAUCAAAUUCCAAAACGACGACGCUUUUCGCCAUUACUUUAUGCAACUCUAACUUGUAUGGAUGCGUUAGUCUUGUAAUUGACGCAAUGAUUACGACGGGCUUAUCUCCGAUCACGAUUUGGGAUUCUUUCGUAAGUUGUUAUAAUGAGAAAUUCGAUUUGCAUUCUAAUUUAAAUCCCAAGGUUUUUGAAGUGAUUGUGGAUAGGUUUAGGGUAAAGGGUUUACUAGAUGAAGCUGGUGAGAUCCUGUUACGAAAUGACAAAUUUGUCCCUAGUCCUCUGUUUUUCAGUUCGUUUCUAAAAGACUUGAUUAAUGUCAAGAAGCUAGAACUUUUCUGGAAAGUUUGUGAAGUUGUAUUGAAAAAAAUCGGUUCUUUAGAUGUUUAUGUGUAUACUAACAUGAUCAAAGCUCAUUGUAUGGUGGGAAAUGUUGAGAAUGCAAAAAAGGUUUUUCUUGAAAUGGGGGAGAAAGGGUGUAACCCUAAUUUAGUCACAUAUAAUGUGAUCAUUCAUGGUUUAUGUAAAUCCGGGAGGAUUAAUGAAGCGAUUGAAAUCAAGAAAAAUAUGAUUAAUAAGGGAUUAGUACCUAACGUGUUCAUAUAUAAUACGUUACUCCAUGGAUAUUGCAGAAAGAAGAGAUUUGAAGAUGCAAAAAUGAUAUUGAAAGAGAUGAGUGACAUGGGUUUAGAUCCGGAUUUUGUGAUGUAUAAUGCUUUGGUCAAUGGGUUUAUGUCAAAUGGUGAUGUGGACUCCGCAUUGAGGGUUAAAGAUAAGAUGAUUGGUAGUUGUGUGGGCCCAAAUUUGGUUGUUUAUAAUACGAUUCUUCACGGUUUAUGCAAGGGGCAUAUGAUGGAAAAAGCAAAUGAAGUAGUGAACGAGAUGAAUAAAAAGGGCGUGAAACCGGAUUUUAGAACUUUUAGUUUGUUGAUUGAAGGGUAUUGUAAAGAGAGACAAAUGGUUGAUGCUUUUAGGGUUUUUGAGGAGAUGAAAAGGGUAGAUUUGGAACCAAAUGCGAGAAUUUACGGGGUUUUGAUUAUCGGAUUGUGUCACAUUCGGGAUCUUGAAAAGGCAUACACGCUUUUGAAAGAUGCGAAGAAUCUUGAAAUUGAUGACAUGGUGUAUGAGGUUCUUUUAAGUUAUGUAUCGAAAGAAAAUGAUUAUGAAAAUACGAUUAGGGUUUUUGAGGCGAUGAAGGAAGAAGGGAAAAAACCGAAUGUGUUUUGUUACGCGAGUGUUAUUGGGAGUCUUUGUAGAGAAAAGAAAAUGGUGGAAGCAAGAUCUUUAAUGGAUGAAAUGAUUGAGAAUGAUUUAGAGCCAAAUGCGUGUAUUUUUGGAGCUUUUAUUAAAGGGUAUUGCAAUUUAAGUGAAUUAAAGAUUGCUAAUAAGUAUUUCUACACGAUGAUAGGUCAUGGGUUAGUCCCAAAUAUUGAAACUUAUAAAGUUUUAAUGGAGGAAAAUUGCAAAAAUGGUGAUUUAAUCGACACGUUUUCGAUAUUUAGAUGUAUGCUUUCUAAAAAGGUUUUUUCGGAAAUUUAUACGUAUAAAAUCUUUCUUGAUGGACUUAUAAAAUAUGGAAAAUUAGAAGCGGUUUCUAGGGUUUUGGUUGAGUUUAAGAACAAGGGUUUUGUUCUUGAUGUUUCGUUAUGCAACUCGGUUGUAUUGAGUUUGUGUAAGAAAGGAAAAGUUCUAGAAGCUUGGAAGCUUCUAGAAGGUACCAGGUUUUCUUCAAGUAUUCAUACUUAUAAUGUUUUAUUGAAGGGUUUUUUUAAGAUUGGUGACAAAGAGAGAGCCAAAGAUUUGUUUGAUGAAAUUAAGGAAAAAAGUUUGAGUCCGGAUGAUGUCACAAAUGGUACAAUGAUCAUUGGUUUAUGCAAGUUUAAAGAUUUAGAUACAGCGUGUGGGUUGUUAAAUGAAAUGGUGGAGAAGGGCGUUUUGGUAAAUAGCUUUCUGUAUAAUGCUCUUGUGGAGUGUUGUUACAAGAUUGGGGAUUUGGAGAAAGCUAAGGAAUUGAGUCGUGAAAUGACCAAAAAGGGUUUCGUGUUAUCUUCACGUUUUGACUUGUUGACUUCUAAAGAUCAAGAACCCGAAAGAAGCCAAAUGGGAAUGUGA